CAAAAACAACGUCGUAUUAUUCCAAAAGAAAAGGAACCGAAAACGACGUCGUUUCCGAAGAUGUGGAUCCAUCUCCCGCCAUAGCAACACUGGGAAGCAAUUUUCAUGGCGGAGAAUCUCAUGUCCAUGCGCCUGACCAGAGUAGUGCUUCUAUUUCAUCAGCAUCUAACGAAGAAUAUUCCAUACAGAAGGGUCAGAAUUUUUUCGAUUUCUACGGCUUCUGUGAAUCACGAGAAGCCCGCUACUAGUGUGGCGAAUUUCUCGUUUGUCUUCAAGGAAUGCGCAAAACAGAGAGCGCACGAGCUGGGCAAACAAGCCCAUGCUCAUAUGAUUAUAUCUGGGUUUCGUCCGACCGUAUUCGUCUCGAAUUGUCUGCUUCAGUUGUACAUAAAUUGUGGGAAUCUAGGAUACGCUACUAAGUUGUUUGAUGGAAUGCCUCUGAGAGAUGUAGUUUCGUGGAACGCGAUGAUUUUCGGGUACGCGGCUAGCAACGAUAUGGUCAGAGCAAGUUUGUGUUUUGAGAUGAUGCCGACGAGGGAUGUUGUGUCGUGGAACUCGAUGCUUUCUGGAUUUCUACAGACUGGUGAGAAUUUGGAAUCUGUCAAGGUUUUCAUUGAAAUGGGGAGGUCAGGUGUUGAGUUUGACAAUAAAAGCUUUUCAGUUAUUCUCAAAGUGUGUUCUAUCUUGGAGAACUACAAGUUAGGAACCCAGAUUCAUGGGAUUGCGCUUCGAAUGGGUUAUGACACUGAUGUGGUUUCUGGAAGUGCGUUGUUGGAUAUGUAUGCAAAAUGCAAGAGAUUGGAUGAGUCGUUUACUGUGUUUUAUGCAAUGCCUCAGAAGAAUUGGAUCAGUUGGAGUGCUAUAAUUGCGGGUUGUGUUCAGAAUAACUUUCUGGACGGUGGUCUGAAGAUGUUCAAGGAGAUGCAAAAGGUAGGUGUAGGUGUGAGCCAGUCAAUCUACGCUAGCGUCUUGAAGUCUUGUGCGACAUUGCCUGAUUUGAGAUUAGGUACCCAAUUGCAUGCUCAUGCCUUGAAGUCAGAUUUCGUGAAAGAUGGCAUUGUGAGGACGGCAACUUUAGAUAUGUAUGCAAAGUGUAAUAACAUGCAAGAUGCUCAAAGGUUAUUUGACAUGUCCGAGAAUCUUAAUUUGCAAUCUUACAAUGCGAUGAUUACUGGGUAUUCACAGAAAGACAAUGGCUUCAGAGCUCUACUGUUAUUUCGCAAGCUCUCCAAGUCUAGCCUUGGUUUUGACGAAAUAAGUUUAUCAGGAGCACUCAGGGCGUGUGCCACGGUGAAAGGCCUUUCAGAGGGGCUUCAGCUGCAUGGAUUGGCAACAAAAAGUAACUUUUCCCGAAACAUUUGCGUAGCAAAUGCUUUCAUUGACAUGUAUGGGAAAUGUGAAGCUUUGGAUGAAGCUUGCCGUGUAUUUGAUGAGAUGGGCAGAAAGGAUGCUGUGUCUUGGAAUGCAAUUAUAGCAGCUCAUGAGCAGAACGAAGAGAGAAGCAAAACACUUAACAUUUUGGUCUCAAUGCUCCGUUCUGGGAUGGAACCAGACGAGUAUACAUUUGGGAGCGUAUUGAAAGCUUGUGCUGGUGAUUCGUUGAAUCAUGGCAUGGAGAUCCAUACUACAAUUGUCAAGUUAGGAAUGGCUUCAAAUCCCUACAUCGGAAGCUCUCUGGUUGAUAUGUACUCAAAGUGUGGAAUGAUAGACGAGGCAGAGAAGAUACACAAUAAGAUCUUUAUUGGAAUCGGUGAUUCCAACACAUACUCGGAGCAUCCGGAAACAAUUGAAGAGCCGAAAGGAAUACAGGAUAGAAGAGUGCAAGAAAUGAUUGUUUCAUGGAAUGCGAUAAUUUCUGGAUAUGUGAUGCGAAAACAAAGCGAGGAUGCUCAGAGAUUUUUUAAUCGGAUGAUGGAGAUGGGCAUAACACCUGACAAGUUCACAUAUUCAACAGUUCUCGAUACCUGUGCUAAUCUGGCAUCUAUAGGACUUGGAAAACAGAUCCAUGCCCACGUCAUCAAGAAAGAACUGCAAUACGAUGUGUAUAUCUGCAGCACUCUUGUUGACAUGUACUCGAAAUGUGGAAACUUGCAUGAUUCGAGAUUGAUGUUUGAGAAGGCUCCAAUAAGGGAUUUCGUGACUUGGAAUGCCAUGAUUUGUGGCUAUGCUCAUCAUGGAAUGGGAGAGGAAGCCAUAAAACUGUUUGAGAGCAUGGUGCUAAUGAACAUCAUGCCAAAUCAUGCAACUUUCGUCUCGCUCCUAAGAGCAUGUGCCCACAUGGGUUUGGUCGAAAGAGGUCUAGACUACUUCCACAUGAUGAAGAAGGAGUAUGGCUUGGACCCUCGGUUAGAGCACUACUCAAACAUGGUGGAUAUCUUGGGAAAAUCCGGAGAAGUUGAAAAGGCCUUGGAACUUAUCCAAGAGAUGCCCUUCGAGGCAGAUGAUGUUAUAUGGAGAACGUUGUUGAGUGCGUGUAAGAUAAACAGGAACAAUGUAGAGGCUGCCGAAGUGGCAGCAAACGCGCUCUUGCGAUUGGAUCCACAAGAUUCUUCAACUUACAUUCUUCUCUCCAAUAUAUACGCCGAUGCAGGAAUGUGGGACAAGGCUUCGGAGCUCAGGACAGCAAUGAGAAGCGAUAAACUGAAAAAAGAACCAGGUUGCAGCUGGGUUGAGAUCAGAGACGAGUUUCACACGUUUCUUGUUGGAGACAAGGCUCAUCCAAGAUGGAAAGAGAUUUACAAUGGACUUGCUUUGAUCUACAAUGAAAUGAAUCUCUCUGUGGGUGGUACAAUGGUUGAGAUUUCAGGGUUUUACAAUGAAGUGUUCGAGCAGGACCAAACCGCAGAGCCCUUGAUGUUUCUAUACAACUUGUCGGGUUAGAGCCAAUGUGGAAAAGUUCGGUGUAGGGUUGUGUUCUGCAGUGCAUCUCCAAGAGAUAUGGACAUGCUUACAGUUUUGUAAUUAACGAUGAUUGUUUUGGUACUACAGGAAAAUAUGUGGUGUAAACGAUAUUAAACCUUUGAUUACAGGAAACUAAUACAUUUGUUUCACAAUAAGCAUAUUGAUAAAAAUGGCAGAAAACUAUCAAGUUGCAACAAAAUGGUGAAAAAUAGAAGAAAACAAAAAGCAAGGAAUCUCAGCAAAAAGAUUUCAGCUAUUGAGAAAAAAAA